AUGGGAGACAAUUUGGGAUUUCUGCUGACUGGUUUCCCUGGACUUGAAAACAGCCAGCACUGGUUUGCUGGUCCUUUUUCCAUAACGCUACUAAUAGCAUGUUUUGGUAACAUAGCACUUCUUUUCAUUAUAGCUACAGAACAAAGCCUUCAUGGGCCCAUGUACUACUUUGUUUUCAUGUUAUCAGCGACAGAUCUUGCUGUUGCCCUUACUGUUUUGCCUAAGCUUCUAAAAGUGUUAUGGUUCGGCUCACAGUAUUUAAGUUAUAAUGUCUACAUUGUGCAAUUAUUUUUUAUUCCCUUUUUCACUGCACUGGAGUCAUGCAUGUUAGUAGUAAUGGUUUGUGAUCAUUAUGUAGCAGUGUGCAACCCUCUUAGAUACAAAACAAUAAUGGAAAAUCAGUUUGUAUUAAAAAUAAUGUGUUUCGCUGCAAUUAAGGUGUCUUUGUAUGGAAUUAUUAGAGAUUUCAGAAGGGAAUUUCCAGAAUAUGUCCAUGUCUUGCUUUCAGUUCUAGGUAUUACAGUACCAUUCACAUUAAACCCUAUUAUAUAUGGCAUAAAAGCAAAAGAGAUCAGAAGAGUAAUAUUAAAAUUGUUAAGGAGUUAUUAA